GCCGCAUUUCGAACCGAGUUUUACCGCAGUCGGAUACACGCAAGGGAUACACACUUCUUUCGCUGGGAUGUUGCUGUGAAAACCCCCUCCUUUUUUUCAGGAGGAUAAGAUGCCUCCUCCUCAGCUUCUAGUCGCCACCUUUUUACUUCUAGUCGCCAACGUCAAAGGUAAGAAUGUCUAGAAUUAAAACAGGAUUUGUUAUUAAAAAUGGGGUGGAGAUCACUCGGCUAUCGAUGCCUCGGUGGGUACAAAACGGUACAGAGGACUCUGUAGUGCUGGACUGUGAAUACAAUUAUUCAGACGAAGAUCAGAGAUUGGUGGUGAAGUGGUUUUUGAACGACGACCCCCAACCCAUCUAUCAGUGGAUUCCGGAACUGAAUCAGAGGUAUGCCUCUGAGAAAGUGAAAGGUAAACUGAAUAUGGACUACACUGUAUCGCCGUCCAGUCAACACACCCGGUAUAGGGCACUCAACCUCAUGAAGCCCACCACAGAGUUGAGUGGCAGGUACUCCUGUCACGUAGUCUCACUGCUCAGCCAGGAUGCCGAGGACCAGGUCAUGGUUGUCUAUGCUCCUCCUCGCAGUUUUGACUUCAACUACACCAAGAUGUCUUCCGAGUCGGUGGUGAAUUUCACGUGUGAGGCGGACGGCGUCUUUCCCAUGCCCAAGAUCACACUCCUGCAGCUGGACUUGCCGGAGCGUCAGGCCAGUCUCGUGUCCGGCGUCAAGACGAUCACGAGCAGUGGGAAAGGGGGCGCCUACUAUGUCCAGGUAUCCAGAGAGAUUCGGGACUGGGAAUUAACCGAAGAACCCACCGUCUUCGAAUGUGUACUUUCUAUACCGGGUACAGAUUAUGAGAAUCAAAGGAAAAUACUAUACUUUCCAGGUAGUAUAUCGGGUACGUGGCGAUCGCGGGCACAGACGACGUGUCUUCUUCUACUAAUUCUCUUUCUCUUAUCUUAACACAACUGGUUGUGUUGAGGCCGUGAAGUGACUGUCGUAUCCGAUGUGAGGAUCUCUCUCCCAGGAUACACAACGGAGAAUUGUGAUAGAAAUCGCAAAAUAAGGAAGACCUACUUUUUACCGUUAGCCGACUCUUCUAUCUCCUUAUAUUUGGUGCUGCUACAGAACGAUUUUCUUUGGAAUAAAAAACAAAAGCAGCGCUACGUUCUUUUUUUUACCAUUUUUCAUCGAAAUUGCUCUUCAAAAAUCUCUCACAAACGAGCCGCCUUCUCUUGCCAACAAUAAUGGACGAGAUUUUUUUUUACGAUAUCCACAAAAUUUUAUUUUGCAAAUUUAUGUUUUUAAAAAAAUUGUGAAGACAGAGGUGGUUUUUUACCUCUCAUUUCUGCUCUCAUAUUUUCUAAUCUUUCAAAUUUAACACAAUCUAUUUCUUACGAAUAUUUUUUUUUUAAUUUUAAAAAUAAGCAAAGAAAUAAAUGAAAGGAAAUACGAAGAAAUUCUGGUUCUUUUUUUUUAUAUGUUUUACUUUGUAGAGAAUGGCAUUCUAUUUUUAUGAUGGUUGUAGAAUUCGUAACAAGCGGCCCAUCUAACUUUUUAUGCCUGGAACUGAAAAUGAAAUCAAAAGAAUAAACUAUCCACAGUUCUUAAAAAAUACUUUGUAAUUUUUCAAAAUUUAAGUCCUUAUUACAAUUGUUUGAACUUAUUAAAAUGUUUAGAAAGUGGAAAGCUGCUAUUUCUUAUUGCUGGAAGCUUUUUUUUGGAAAAAGAAAUUUCAUUCAUUUAUUUUAAAAUUUUGAAUCGAAAAUUUCUUUCAUAAAUCAAUUUUCGGACGUCAGUUAUCAAUAACCAACUCUGUAAAAUGUAAUUAAAAAAAUUACAUUGUUUUUAGCAAUUACUGAAAAAUUAUUUAAAAUUUACUUAAUUAUUAUUUAUCACAAAUCAAAUUUUAAUUACUUUUAGUAGCCAUCUAUUGCUGUUCGAGCGUUUAUAAGGAGCGUGCGUGGGGAUUUCCAUAAAAAUAUGCUCAACAUGUUAAAAAAAAAUAAAGUAAACAUUUUGUUGUUUAUAGCAAGAGAAUGCGGCGGGCUCUUUGAUGUGCGAGAGAUGAUUUUUAACGAAUGGUUGUAUGUGCCUGUACAGAGACAUCAAUUGCAUCAAUCAGUAACUGGAUCUCUUUUGCUCAUGCAUCUCAACUCUACAUGCCUGCUGUCGUCAUUCUUAUGUUUUUAUUAUAUCUUUCAAAACGGACAAAAAUCAUAUCAGUUAUUUAUUUAAAACUUUUAUACUGCAUUGAUACUAAAACUCGGUACUUGUGUGUAUUGGCGACUGUUUUUCUGAGUUGUCGCCAACACAAACUCUUUAACCAAAUAAGUGCUGUAAUUUAGUGACGUACAUAUAAUAUCGAUGUCUAACAUUCUAUCGCAAAAUGUUUCAGUAACGCUUAAUUUAUAUUAUCUUUACUUGUUACCCCCCAAAUAAACAUUCGGAUUAAUAUCUCAUUCUCUUUACAACACUAAUACUUUUCACAAGAUUUUGCGAAGUUUUUUUUUAUACAUUUUUAUAUACAUUUAAGAUUUAUAAAAACGACAAGUUGGAAACUUAAAAAUUUCAAUAAACAAAUUCCGUAUUUCAGAGCAUUAUCUAAGACUUAAAAAUUGAAUAUAUUUGCGAUUUUCAAUGGCAUUUGUCGUUACUUCGCAUAGACUCCAUAUUAUUGGAUUUAACAAUGCUGGUGCCCUCUUCAAAAUCGUUUUUAUUUUCAAAAUCGUUUUCAUUUUGUGCUCUUCAAAAUCGUUCUUAUUUUAUAAAGAAGUCAUACAGUUACUUGAGGAAAUACUCGUUUGUGUAUCCGUUCUAUUUGCAGUAAAAGCAUUUAAUAAUAAAUGAAUGAUUUUUGUUUACUUCUAACUCGUUAUGGAACCAUUGUUGGGUGUUAUAAAGUUUAUCAAAAACAAAACUGUUAUUAGUUUUGAAAGCUAUGGUGAAGUGCAAUUUGUUAUUUAAAAUUUUAAAUACUUUUUCUCACAAAUGUUAUGACUUUGUAUGCACACCGUUUCGAUUUGUCAAACCAGAGGAACGUUGUUAUAACCCAAACAGUAGCGACAACACAAUUAAUGAAAUAAUUCUACAAAAAUGUUCUCCAUUUUAUAGAUUUACUUUUAAAUGUGUCUUUAUUUCAAAAUUUGAUGUUUUAACCAACUCAGUACUUACAUUUAAUCACAUUAAUAAGCAUUUUCACUCUCAAAAGAUAUAUUCGAUAUAAAACUUUAUGGUAAAAAUACAUUUGAGGGUGCCCCCUUGGCAAAUUGGCGAUUUUUGUUUGGCGCCAUUCCUCUUUGCGCGGAGCACUGUGCAAACAGAAAUGGCGGCCAAAACAUUUUGAAAUUUCAAUAAAAUAUUGAAAAUUUCAAUAAAAAAUCUUCCAAAACUUAAUAAAACUGGAAUGAACACAAUGUAAGCAAAGUUAAUAAACCCAAUAAGAUGCAUUUUGAAUCGAAACAAAAAUUAAUGGAAUAAGCACAGAAAAAAAGGGGAAAAAAUCGACUCACUUUAUUUAGCUUGAAAUCUAAACCAAUCAGAAUCACGAUUGGGUUUCCAAAAAAAAAAAGACUAUCAACGUUCCCAUCAAUAAAACAAUAUCGCCCAGCUUGGCGAGAAUCAAGGGGCACCCUCAUAUAUUGUCUAAUGAAUUUGACCAUAGAUUUAUUCAUUUUUGAAAGUUAUAGAUUAGUCUCUUUUAAUAAUUUUCUCCAAAAACACUGAUAAUUUUAGUUUCAAAAUACAUAAUAUUUUUCAGCAUUGUGUGUGAACAUUUUGUAAUGUGUUAAUCAUAGCAUAAUAGACAAUUACCUGGAUUAGAAAAAUAAUCAUUUGAACUUGAAAAAAAAAAGUAUAAUCUGAAGAACACAGAAUGUGUACUCGAUGAGAAAAAAUAAAUUAGUUUGCACAGUGACGAAACUUAUAAUAAUUUAUAUAGGGAAUGUUUCUUAUCGUCAUUUAUUAUAAGUUUUCAUUUAUUUAUUUUUUAAAUUUUACUAUAAAUGUUAAGACUUACCUCUCACUUUUUCUCUCUUCUUUCUUCCUUUUUUUCAUUCUACUUUUGAAAGACGCGAGCUCGAGUUUAUAAAAUAAGUCUGGAAAAAAUAAAAUUUUUACAACAAUGGAUAAAUAAUCAAUAUUUAAAGCAUAAAAGGUGAAAAAAAAAAUCAGGAAAAAGCUUUUAAAUUUGCAAUAACAUUCGAACGAAUGGAAACUUCUGAAAAAUUUACAAAUUACUAUUACAAACUGCUAUAACUAUUUAAUGAAAACGAAUUUAUCGAUAAAAUUUAUACAGAAUUUAGAAAAAAUUUCGAAAUUUCGUAUACAUGCGUCACAGAUUUUCUAUGUGACCUCCCUUGGUCACACGGGUAACAUCUAGGCGGUAUUCCAUUUCACGCUAUACAUUUUGAAGUACUUGUGCAGUCACUGACGCAAGUGUUACUUUUCCUUUUGCACAAACAUCCUAUACCAUCAGUGUUGCCAGGUGCCGAUAACCGUUCACUCCCAGAUGGUGUUGUAAAAUCCACUAAAAAAUGUAAAUUUUUUUUAAACUUAAUGUAUAAGUAUUAAAAAUAGUACAAAAGUUAAAUAAUGUAUAGAAAACGUUGCUUUAAUACUUUUUAAUAUUUUAUUAUCAACAAAUUAAUUUUCUUUUAUAUUUCAAUCGUUACACUAUCUUUAAGUUCUACUAAAAUAUUUAAGAUAUUUUUUUAAUGUUUUUUGACUCGCACAUUUUUUCAUAAAUAUUUUAUUAUCAACGAUAUUGUCUUUUUAAUAUUUUAAUUCUAACAUUAUGCUUAAAUUUCUGAUUAAAUAUCCAACAUAUUUUCGUCAAUACUUUCUGAUUUGUAUAUGUUUUCGCUGUUAAACAUUUUUAACAUAGAAGAAGUAGGUACGAAAUUUUGUCAACCAUUAGAAAGUUCAUAUGGAACGCGCAAAAUAGCAUCAGCUGUAGUUAUUGGACAGUUUAUUUCUCAAUUUGUCUUUAAUAAUAUUUAAUAUGGAGAAACAUCUCUCCACAGCUGCAUUUGAAAUCGGAACACAUAAUAAAGCUAAAACAAGAGUCGAGAUAAAUAAACUUAAGUCGAGAAUCGAGCUACGUAAUAACUUACUACAUUCAACAAAGGGGUUAAGUUCUAAAAUUAAAUCUUUAUCUUUUUGUUUUGAUUUAACAUAUUGAUUUUCAUAUUACCAUCUCACACAUUCAGUUAUAAAAUUUGAUAUUAGAACGUAACCAAAAUGAAACUAGUAAAAUUCACAAAUAACCCUAAAAAAAAACCCUAAAAACAAAUUCCUCUAAAAUACCCACUGAAGGUAAAAAAAUCCCCUUAAAUUUAGGGGGAAAACCCCUAAUCUGGCAACACUGUACACCAUCUGCGUAUGUUGUUCCCAUUUGAGGUUUUUGAUUGUCUCACCAUUUUCACAUGCGCAGGAUUCUUCUUCACUGCGUCUGCGCCUUACGUAAAGAAAUUUAGAAGUUCAAACAACAUUUUAUGUGAAUCUUGUCUAUAAAUUAUUUUUCAUUAAAUAGUUAAGCUGCUUAUAAACACUACAGUUAUUUUUAAUUACCCUGUACUAUCUUGAAUAAAUUAAAACAAAAUCGGGCAAAACAAACAUUCACCAAAGCAACUGUGUGAUUGUUGACCUGUGGAAGUCAACAUUCUCAUUUUGUAUAAGCUAUGAUUACUUUUAAAUUCAAAUGUAAAUGGAAAAUCGCUUUUACUGAAAAGCAAUGAUUUCAGAAAUUGCUGUAUUUCAUCAAGUU